AUGACAUCAAAUUCCAUUGGUAGACUGUCGAGUUCAUCCUUGCCCACAAUCUCGCUGUGGCUGCUAUGGGUGUGGUUGUUGUCGACAACACUUCUAGGAUUCAACAAUUGGCCAAUCUCCUCUCCGGAUCCAACUUUCCUGCCACACCUUGUGGUUCAUUCACAACCACUUCCAAACACAAAUUGGUACAAUUCAACCGAUGUCUAUGUAUGGGGCAGUAAUGAAAAUUGGGCCACAGGAAAUACCUAUAUUCAAUCUUCCAACAUCCCUCUGAACAAUUCCAAAUUAUCAGCUGCUUUUUUCACAAACACUUAUGCAUGGAACCCAACGUAUGGACAAUCAGAAAUUUCAUCGGACUUGGUGACGAUUGCCAAUGGAAAAAGCUUUAAUUGGUUGCUUGUGAAAUAUUCCAAUGCUUCUUCUGGAAUUGUGUUGAAUACAACCAUCAUGGCAUGUGGAGAUAAUGGUAAUAACUUUAUUGGAUAUGGAAAUUCUGCUCCACCUGUAGCCAUUUCACCUGUGGUUCCCAUGGGUUUCUUUCGCUCAGAAGCACUACUUGCAACCACUCCAUUAUUUAACAAACAAAUCACUCAAAUUGCAUGUUGGUUCAAAUGUUUAAUUCUAACCAAUACCAAUGAAGUAUAUUAUUAUAAGGGUGGAAUCUUUACAAAAAUUGCACUCCCAUCGAGCAUGAUUCAUCCAGACACUCUUCAAAACAUUCCAGUCACGGUGGUACAAGUUACUCUUACAGGUGUUUUUCACUCUCAAGAAGAGACUUUAUUUGCCUUGACGUCUGAAGGUUUUGUGUUCUCAUGGGGAGGAAAUAACACUUGCAUUCGAGGACGAUCUCCAUCCAUUCAAGUCGACACGACUCCUGCAAUUAUUCCCUCCUUACGAAAUAUCAAGUACAUUUCAGUUGGACAUUAUGAUAUCGAUGAGAGCAGUGUUGCUGCAGCCAUCAACACGACAGGACAUGUCUUCACAUGGGGAAGUAAUUCACGUGGAGGACUUGGACUUGGAAUUUCUGAUACUUCACAUGCUCAAUGUGGAGAUGCUCAAUUAGUUUCAUUCGAUUAUGACAAUACGGGACCAUUUGUGAAAGUCAAUGUCGUGCAUGCUCAUGCCGUUGCUUGGAGUGAACGUGGACAAAUUUUCACAUGGGGACUGGAUGAUAAUUUUCAGACCGCUCGUGGACUUGGAACUCAAAUUUCUCCACUCAAUUCGACUCAAGAUUUUGUGGAUGCUGUUGGAGAAAGUACCAAUUUUAUUGUGAAAGAAUGUUAUGUGUCUAGACUAGCAACUGCUUGCUUGAUUGGUGAUUAUGUAUGGAGUUUUGGAGAUAUUCCAGACCGUGGUCAUAAUUCUCCAGGUGUCAUUGCUCAAGUUUCAACUCCAAAUUUAGUGAAAAGGUUGAAACUCUUCUAUCGGGGUGGAAUGGCCAUUCAAGUCGAUAAUCAAGUGUACACAUGGGGUGAAAAUUAUGAAGGCAAAAGCUGUUUGGAUGAUAUACUUUAUAUUCAAAAUGCACAAGCCAUGACACAAUCUUCACCCAUUCCCUAUCGACCUUUUUACCCGGAAGGUCAAAUGGAUCCACAACAACCAGAAUACUCUAAAAUCAUUGUGAAAAGUGGUCAACAAUGUAAUUUCGUUCUUGCCACAAAACCCUUCAACUCCUCCGAAAUCUACAACUUUGGUGUCUGUCCCAAUAAUUUACACAUUUUUGGACCGAAUCCUGUUCAGAAACCUUCGAACAAUCUUGCUUCCUUCCUUCGAGCAGUGGUGAAUGAAAAUCUUGUCGAUUUGAGUUACAUGACCCUUCAUGCCAUUGCUCUCACCCAAAAUGGAAAACCCAUUGGUUGGGGUUCCAAUGUCUAUCGACAACUUGGUUCAGGUUCAGUCGAUCCUCGACCUCCUUUCAAUUUGUUUGCCAACUAUGCCAGUGAUCCCAAUAUGAAUGCCACUCGAGUGGCUGUGGGUGAUAAAUUUUCACUCUUUCUCUUAUCGAAUGGAACUUUAUUAGGAUUGGGAACGAAUACGAAUGGUCAACUUGAAUCCUUGGCGAGUCCAGUGUUGACCUUAACAGCUCUUAAUACUUCUAUUGUGGAAUUAAAAAGUGGAAAUGCCAGUAGUGGAGGAAUGGAUAAAAUUGUCGACAUUUGUGCGUGUCGAGAAAGUACUCUCAUCAUUACAGCAUUGGGAAAGGUCUAUGGUACUGGAUCGAAUAGUGGUGGCUCACUGAGUUCCAAUUUCACUCUUCAACCCAAAUAUUUUGAAUUUAUUGAAGUGAGUGGAAGGGAUCCCAUUCUCUCGACCAAACAAGUUUGGAAAGCUGUAUGUUAUGAUUAUCCAAUUUUCUUGACACGAGAUGGAUUUGCCUAUGUCUUUCGUUCGGGAGUGGCCACUCUGUUUUCCAUUCCUAAUAAUGAACGGGUGGUGGAUGUUUCCGUAUAUGGAAAUGAAUUUAUUUGGGAUUAUGAUGCUCACUUUUUAACACAUAAGGGUAAUGUGUAUGGUCGAGGUCAAAAUCGAUACUUUCAACUUUCACCUCAAAUGGGACUCCUCUCAGUUCCCUCCACUCCUGUACUCACCAUUUCCAAAGACACACAAAUGAAUGAAAAAGGUGAAACUCUGUUACCGUAUGCCAUAGCGACUGGAUAUCGACAUGGAUUGGCUGUGAUGGCUCUCGAAUGGAAAUGUUUCAAUAUCAAUGCUACUCAUGAUUCUGUUUGUAGUGGCAUGGGUUUUUGUAUAGCUCCAGAUCAGUGUCGUUGUAAACAUACGGGAAUUACAGGAGCACAAUGUGAAACAUUUUCAUGUUUUGGAAUUUUACACAAUGAAACGAGUAUGGUUUGUAAUGGAGUUGGAAAUUGUACCUUUCCUGAUACGUGUCAAUGUAAGGAAGGUUAUACAGGAGCGAAUUGUUCCAUUGCCUUGCCCGUGUGUUAUGGAAAGGUUUCGACACGACCCGAUGUGUGCAAUGGACGUGGUUCGUGCAUUGCCAAUGACACAUGUGUUUGUACCUUUGGACAGGUUGGUGCAUUUUAUGGACCUCAAUGUGAAUUUAAAUCAUGUUAUCCAUUGGAUUUGAGUUAUGAACAGAAUUUGUUAGUGACUCGACGAUCUUCCACCAUGCGAGCAAAUUUAUGUAAAAAGAUUACACAAUUGUUGUGA